AUGGUCUCGAAUGAUCCGGUCAAAUGGGGGAGCAGUAUCCGUAUUGCAGCAUAUCAUUUCUCUUGGGCCAAAAAACCGAGUCUCGGUUUCUGGCUGUUCCUUUGUGAGCCCAUCCCGUCCUUUGUUGUCGUCAAGGCAUUGCGAUGGCCUCCCUACGCAGCCUCCUUUGUCCCUUCUUGUGGACUUGGCCGGAACCGUACCUGCUCCUUUGUUGGCGUGGCCAGCCUGAGAGACCCCAAGAUUCAACGCAUCACCAGCGUCACACCGAAGUUGCGAGGAAGAACAAUGGCUUCAAACACAUUUACUCCCGUCAACGGAGCGAUUCCCAAGACGCCCUAUGCCGCGGAAUACGUUUCACGGUACGGUCAGGUGACGGAGAUGGACGCCCAGCUUCUCUCCCAUCUGAACUGCAGCUACUUCUCGACCACAGGCGUGGCCCCCACACUCCUGGCGUUGAAGAAGCACGCCCAGGCCCUCGCGAUUCUCAUCCGGCAGAUUUCCGUCAGCACCAGCUUCGGCGAGGUCGACGGCAAGAAUCACGCUGCUGGCGGCCACGCGGUGCGGCGGUUCAGGGAAAACGAGGCGUUCGACUGGCUCGACGACCUCUCGACACCAUACCACACCGACGACGAGUGGCACCACAAGCCCCUGGUCGAGCUGAUGAACCAAGUGGCGGCGCAGACGGACGUCGGGGGCGUGGCGCACCACUGCCCCCUGACCCUGAGCCGCCAGGUCGAGCAGUACCCGGGCGGCCAGAAGGUCCGGCCGUACGCCAACCACGCGGCGCUGACCAUGCACGCCAACGAGUGCCUCGAGAUCCUGGACCACGAGUACAGCGCCACGGGGGGGCUCAUGUCGCUGCUGCCCACGGACGCCGAGGCCGACAGGGAGGACAUGGAGGCGGCGCGCAACACGCUGCUGGGCCAGUGGCUCCUGUUCAACCAGCACCUGGUGGGCCGCAUGCACGAGCUGGAGCUGUCGUACGCGCAGGCGCUGGAUGCGCUCAAGGGCGAAGCGGCCAUCCCGCUGCAGACGCUGUCCAAGACGGCCGGCUCGGGCGGCGCCGCGGGAAGCGGACGAGGAGACAACGACAACCUCCACCUGGGACGGGAGAUCGGGUAUCCGCAGGACCGGUGGAUUCUCUGCAAUUCCGGCGAUGACGUGUUCGAGCACAUCCACCGCGUGCUGGACCGACAGGAAGCGCUGAUCGAGCCCAAGGAGCGGAUCUGGAAGCAGCGCGGCGUGAUGGGGGAGCGGAUGUGGCGCGAGCGGCGCGGCGGGGACGUGUACGACCGCGGGCUGGUGGCGUGGGACGCCAAGACGCGGUUCAUCCGGCUCCGGGGCAAGACGCGCAGCCCCAUCUUCAUCCUGCCGGCGCACGGCGAGCUCCCCGGGACGGCGGAGACGGUGCGGCUGGAGGAGGCGCCCAAGGUGGUGUCGGUGGUGACGCCCACGUGGCCGGCGCGGACGUCGGACUGGGAGCGCAAGUACGUCGACAAGCUGGACAAGGCGACCAAGACGGAGAUUGCCAACAUGGAGCUCGCCAAGAAGAGGGACACCCUGGAGUCCAAGACGCGGCUGCUCGACGGCGAGCUGCAGAACCUGCGGUUCGCCAGGCAGAUAUACGAGGAAUAUUACGGGGCCGCAGCGACGGAAGACGGGGCCAGGGUCCUGGAGGCCCGCGCUGCCGACCUGGCGAUCCGGUAUAAGAAGAUGCAAGAUACGAUGGAGAACCUUCGCAAGAAGCUGCCUGCCAAGUAUCACAAGCACCUGGGUUCCAUGGAGAAGGCGGCCGACGGUGGCGACCCUGCUGCCGAGACCGGCACCACCGCGCAGCCCACGGGUACCUCGACGCUCGUCUUGAAGAAGUACCUUACCCCCCUCCCCUCUGGCACAACGAAAGGUCAUGAUGACAUUUCGCAACAUGAUGAGGAGGCAUCUGGCACCGUCCUAGAAGGCACGAUGGGAGGUCAAGAGGUCAAAGAUGCAGACACGUUCUCGACUCGUCGACUCCGUGCAUUUGCAUUUGCCUUGAUCCCCACUUCAUCUGUAUGCCGCUUCUUGGGUCUUUCGCCUCCGCUCGGCUUGCGAAGGCAGCCCCGUCAUGAAGGCUUGCUGAGUCUGCGCUUUCUACAUCACCAGUUACGACCUACUCGUGGUGCUGCCACCAUCUUCCGACACAAAAGCGACGCCGACGACGACGACGACGACAACCGACUGGCGAACAAGAACCGCCGACACCGCCGCCACGACGCAUCCGCAACAGGCAAACACUAA